GUUUAAUUUACUUGAUUAUUAUAACUUCACAAACCUUUAUUUACAAAAACUGUUUUCUAUCAAGCAAUGCGUUCUAUUAUGGAGGAAAAAAAGUAACCAUGAAAACAAACACGGUCUUUAAUUUCUCAAAGAUCGAUGUCAUUCCCAGCGAAUCCCACAAAAAUAUAUUCAGUAUCCAACAAUGUUCUACCACAUAUCCAUCGCAAAAUUCACAUUUCUGCAACCUCCAUUUCCCUAACACAAAAAUCAACUAUUUAAAAUUUCAUUCCAUAACUAUAUAUAAAAAAGGAACACUUAAUUAAUUCCAUCAACUUGAUUGUAAUAAUUUUUCUAACCAAGAUCAAAUAAAAAGACAAAAAUAUUGAAUAAAAAGAUUUAAAGCAUGAUUAAAAAAAGUAAAAAAAAAACCUGGUUGCUGCAUAAGGAAAAACAUUAUGAAUUAAAAAAAAAAUAUGUUGCAAAGGAAUUUCCAUGUCCUACGAACCACAUGGCAAUGCACAACACCAUAGAAAGUAGCUCAGAGCAUCCAAUGAAACACCACCUUAUCCUAUCUGUUUAUCUUCCUCCAAUCAACUCAAGUAUUUCCCAUGCACCACACAAAUCCCUUUCCUACUUCAGCCCAAUUCCCUGCAAGUAGUCACUACAAUCACAGUUCACAACAGACUGAUCCAACAGACAGAGGAGGGGAAUUGGGGUUCGCAAACUUACAACAAUGGCAGCCUCAUUACAAGCAGCUGCAACAUUCAUGCAGCCAACCAAAGUCGGCGUCUCAAGCCGCUUACAGCUCAAGUCUUCUCAGAGCAUCUGCAAGGCCUUCGGCGUCGAGUCAUCCGGAGCCAAACUCACCUGUUCCCUUCAAUCCGAUCUCAAGGACUUCGCUCACAAAUGCACCGACGCUGCCAAAAUCGCCGGCUUCGCUCUCGCAACUUCCGCCCUCGUCGUUUCAGGAGCAAGCGCUGAAGGAAGCCCUAAAAGGCUAACAUUCGAUGAAAUCCAAAGUAAGACCUACAUGGAAGUCAAAGGAACAGGCACCGCUAACCAGUGCCCAACCAUCGAAGGCGGAGUCGACGGCUUCGCCGUCAAACCAGGCAAUUACAACGCCAAGAAAUUUUGCUUAGAGCCGACGUCGUUCACUGUCAAAGCCGAGGGCGUUAGCAAGAACUCCACGCCGGAGUUCCAAAAAACCAAACUCAUGACCCGAUUGACCUACACCCUCGAUGAAAUCGAGGGCCCUCUCGAAGUAUCCUCCGAUGGCACCAUCAAAUUCGAAGAGAAAGACGGAAUUGACUACGCUGCCGUCACUGUUCAACUUCCCGGAGGUGAACGUGUGCCAUUCCUGUUCACGAUCAAACAACUUGUCGCCUCCGGUAAACCGGAAAGCUUCGGUGGGGAAUUCCUAGUCCCGUCGUACAGAGGGUCUUCGUUUCUCGACCCAAAGGGCAGAGGUGGAUCCACCGGGUAUGACAACGCCGUUGCUUUACCGGCGGGUGGGAGAGGAGAUGAAGAGGAGCUUUCCAAAGAAAAUGUAAAGAAUGUUGCAGCGUCAACAGGGAAGAUCACCUUGAGUGUCACCUCAACCAAACCUGACACCGGUGAAGUGAUCGGAGUGUUUGAGAGCAUUCAGCCCUCCGAUACUGAUUUGGGUGCAAAAGUCCCUAAAGAUGUUAAAAUUCAAGGUGUUUGGUAUGCUCAGUUGGAGUGAUAUUAACUAAAUGUAUUUGUUUUUAUUUGUUUUCUUGAUUCUGAUUUUGUGCUCAAUGUAUAUUAUCAAGAAUUCUUAUAAUAAUGUUAUCAUAUUUGAUUAUUAAUCACCAAAAAUCCUUACAUGAACAAAA